UCUACGGGAUGACUGAGGGGAUCGUGGUUUCGACCGGGCCGGUGGAGAGGCUCGACGAGGCCGUCUGUGGGCGGGAUGUCGCGAUCGGCCGGCCGUUGUCCGGCGCGAGCGUGCGAAUCUGCGCAAAAGGCAGUCGUGUCCCUGUCGCGGUGAGAGUCGUUGGGGAGGUGCAUUUCUCCGGACCCAGCUUGAUAGACGGGUAUAUUGGGAACAGGGACGAUGAGAAGUUCUACACCGACGAGGACGAGCAGAGAUGGUUCUGCACGGGGGAUAAAGCGGUCGUCGGGGAGGAUGGCCGGCUGUAUCUGGUGGGAAGGUAUAACGACACGAUCAUUCGAGGGGGUGAGAAUAUCGAGCCCUCGGCCAUUGAGGCGGUGCUGGGCCAGACGGCGGAGUUCCAUGUGCUUGAGCCACAGAUCGUCCGAGCCCCGGAUCAGGUCGCUGGUGAGGUGCCGGUUGCGGUGGUGCGGACGGAUGUCGACGAGCAGAUGGCACGCCAGCUCAAAGAUACCAUCCGGACCAAGAUGGGGGCGCUCUUUGUCCCGGCGGGUGUGGUUCCGGUGUCGGCCUUAGGGCUGGAUGAUUAUCCUCGGACCCUUGCCGGUAAGGUCCAGAAGUCGAAACUGACGGAGCUGGUCGAGGCGUACUGGACAGCUCAGAAGUCUCAGGCACGCAGCAGAUUAUGCAGUCGCGCGAUGCUUGAAUCCAGGCUGAAACAAGCCUGGGCUCAAGCAUCGGGGCUCAACGAUGCGACGAUGAUGGAUGUGAAUGUCAACUUAGCAGGAUAUGCGGACGUUCGCUUGCUUGAAUCGAUCAAGACCCAGAUCUGGAAGGACAUGGCCAGCAACGUCACAUUAUCCGACUGGCUGGCGGCUGACACGGUCGCAGAGGAGAUGGAAGCGAUUGAAGCCAGUGGCCAGGAAGCACUCGCGUCGCAUCCAAACGCACAGCUCAUAGACUCCCUAUUAACGGCCAUUGCCUCCGCGAAGGGCGAGAAUAUCGACCCGACGAUGCGAAUGAUCGACCUAGGAAUCGAUUCCAUCACCUCGAUCGCGCAGCUCAACCAGAUCCGCCAGGAAACGGGCGUUUCCCUCCCAUCAUCCCUCUUCUUCACCCCCCACACCAUCGGCGAGCUCAUCGAGCGUCUACAAUCCUCCACCGACCCAGCUAACCUUCUCGACAUUGACUCCACCACCCAAGAGACCCCCCGGGAAUGCUUCUCCACCCUCAUCCAAGGCACCCCCAAGCCCGGCGUCCCCGCCCUGUUCAUGACCCCGCCCGGCUCCGGCUACGCCUUCUCAUACGAGCCGCUCCCCAAGUUCGCCAACGACCUCGCCAUCUACGCACUGGGCUCGCCCUUCCUCAUGACCAAGUCCGCCGCCACCUGGACGGUCGAAGAAGCCGCCGCGCUGUACGUCCAGACGAUCCGCCAACUGCAGCCCGAGGGCCCCUAUCUACUAGGUGGCUGGUCGAUGGGCGCAAUCCUCGCCUACGAGGAGGCCUAUCAGCUGCGGCAGCAGGGCCAGCAAGUCGUGGGGAUCAUCAACCUGGACAUGCCGCUGCCGCGACCGGACCCGCACGUCCUGGAGCCCACGGUCAAGCUCCUGGAGAUCGUCGGCUUCUACCCGGCGAUCCGGCGCGCCGGCAAGCCCGACAUGGAGAUUCCGUCAUACCGGCGCCAGCACAGCUUGGCCUCGGUCCGGGCGAAGCUGAAGUACUCGCCGCGCCCGAUGCACACGGCCAGCGACGACCCCACUCCCGUCCGGAUCUUCGUGAUCUGGGCGGGCCACGGCGACCCCGAUCGUCUGCCCGCCGUGCUGGUGGAGGCGGACGAGGUCCUGCGGAGGUGUGGUCCGGACACGCAGGCGCGCACCAGCCAGGAGUGGCUGCAGACGCCGCGGGAGUCGAUGGGCCCGGGGGGUUGGGCGGAGAUGGUCGGGGAGGAGAAUGUCGAGUGUCGUGUUAUCGAGCAUGCGCAUCAUGAUACGCUGAUGGAUCCGGAGGUGGUGGAGUACACGGCGAGACUGAUGCAGGUGGCAGUCGACAAAUGGUUGUCGUGACUCGACCAUUUUUAGGAAGCAGAGAAGAAAGGUCAUCUGAUGAGGACAAGGCCAGCACGUAACUCAUAAUACUGGUUCAUAGCUGUGCAUGUUCUUGGAACAGCGAGGUGGUGAAAAGUCCUUCCAAAGGAUGCAGCCUGCAUAACAGCGGUAAUGUUCUUGCAUGUUUGUUUCUUAGCGCAUAAAAACCAUCGGCAUCGCGCGAUGAAGAGGGAGCUAAUUCGUCUACACAUUCUCCCCGUAGCCUAAUUAAUAUUAGCGUGUCUCACCUG